UGUCCAUCUCUCCUCUUCCAGAAGCUCGUAAUUUCGGAGUUAGGGUUUCGCAUAUCAAUCCCCUUCCUGUAACGAUUUCAUUCCUUGACUUCAGUUCCCGUGUUCAACAGCAGCAAUCAAUUCGCGUGCGAGCAGAAAAUGGACAGUGACGAAGAGGAUUACGUGUUCUUUGGAACGCCGAUUGAGCGAGAGGAAGAGAUCGCCAGCCGCAAGAAGAAAGCCGUUGCGGAGGCUUCUGGUCAAUUGCGAACCCUGCCUCCUUGGAAGCAAGAGGUUACAGACGAAGAAGGAAGAAGAAGAUUUCAUGGAGCAUUUACUGGAGGUUAUUCUGCUGGUUACUACAAUACAGUGGGUUCCAAAGAGGGGUGGACUCCACAGUCAUUUACAUCAUCCCGCAAGAACAGAGCUGAAAUUAAACAGCAAGAUAUUCUUAACUUCUUGGACGAUGAUGAGAAAGCAGAAAUGGAAGGCCGUUCCUUGGGGACAUCUAUGCUGUUUGAUACAUUUGGUUUUACAGCUGCUGAACUUGCUCGUAAACAAGCUGAGAAGGAACAACAGCAGAGGCCAUCAAUUAUUCCUGGACCUGCUCCUGAUGAAAUAGUACUUCCAGCAACAGAUUCUAUUGGAGCAAAGUUGCUGCUGAAGAUGGGAUGGCGGCAUGGUCAUGCAAUAAGGGAUUCACGGACUAAUUCAAUGUAUGAUGCUCGUAGGGAAGCUAGGAAAGCUUUUCUGGCAUUUUCUUCUGAUGAAACAGUAGCACAGCUUACUGGCUCUGAGCCUGUUAAGGGUGAGCUUGAAAGUGCCGUGGAGCUUCCCGUCAACGAUGAUCACCAGUUUCCACAAAGCACACUAGUUUUUGUGUGCAACCCAAAACAAGACUUGCAUGGGUUAGGGUAUGAUCCAUUCAAACAUGCACCUGAAUUUAGAGAGAAGAAAAGGUCACGUUUGCAUGGAGAUGAGCAGUUGGGGCGUAGGAAACCACUCUCUAUGAAAGAAAGCCUUUUUGCUUUGAGAUCAGGAAGGGCGGCUCCUGGUUUUGGCAUUGGGGCACUUGAAGAACUUGAUGAUGAAGAUGAGGAUGUCUAUGCACCUGGUUAUGGCUUCGAAGAAACUUAUGUCCAAGAAGAUGAAGAGCAUUCAAGACCAAGUAUUGAUAUUAAGGAAAAGCGGAAUAAAAAGGAACAGGGUAUUCUUCCUGGUUUUAAGAUGGCAUCAAUUUUUGACUACAAGUUGGAAAGAUUUGACCCUCCAGUUAUUCCGAAAGAUUUUGUACCCCGUCAUACAUUUCCUGCUCCUCUUGAUGUCCACAGAAAAUUUUCUGAUGCCCCUCCUCCCGAGGCUCAUCCAGAGGAUAAUAAUUUGAAAGUCUUGAUUGAAGGGGUUGCAACUAUAGUAGCUCGCUGUGGUAAAUUGUUUGAGGAUCUCUCUCGGGAAAAGAAUCAGUCAAAUCCAUUGUUUUCUUUCCUUAAUGGUGGCUAUGGCCACGAUUAUUAUUUAAGGAAGCUCUGGGAGGAGCAACAGAAGCGUUCUGAUCAAAAUAAGCCACAGUUGGAUGGACAAAUGUUUGCGAGGGUGCAGAAGAUGACGGCAGAGAGUCGUGGUAAAAUCUUAGGAGAAAAACCUCUGGAAAGAAGCUCUGAAGAUACAAGCUCAACUACGGUCCCUGCAGAUAUUCAUCUCCAAUUCAAUCUUUCAGAUACAUUCACAAAACCUGCCUCAUUUGGUGAGAGCGCAGGUCUUGGCAAACCUUUCCGAGAUGAUCCUGAAAAGCAAGAAAGGUUUGAACAGUUCCUCAAGCAGAAGUACCAUGGAGGGCUUCGGUCUAAAGAUUCUGGUGGAGCCAGUAGCAUGUCAGAAGCUGCUCGAGCUCGUGAGAGAUUAGAGUUUGAAGCUGCAGCUGAGGCAGUGGAGAAGGGAAAAUGGGGAAAGGAAACUAGUAAACAGAUAAUUGAGAUGUCUGUAGCUACAGGUUUGCAGUUCACCUCUGGUGGUUUAGAGAAAGAAAGUAAAACAGAAGAGAUAAUGAAAAACAUGUAUCCAAAGCGUGAAGAGUUUCAGUGGCGGCCUUCCCCAAUUCUUUGCAAGCGCUUUGAUAUAAUGGAUCCAUAUCUGGGAAAGCCACUACCACCUCCGCGAGUGAGGAGCAAGAUGGACUCUCUUGUGUUUAUGCCAGACUCAGUUAAACCUGCAAGGGCUGAAGAAACUGCUGCAGCACACAGGGAUUCGUUGCCCUUAACCCAAUUGGGAAUUGAACAGAUUAACAAAGAAGAAGCUGAAAAGGAAUCGGCAGUUGAUGUGGAAGCUGAAAAUGUUGAGAGGCCAGUUGACCUCUACAAGGCUAUAUUUUCAGAUGAUUCGGAAGGUGAAGAAGAAAGUUUGAACCUUAAGCAAGAGGAGGAUCCCAAAAGGAAGACUGAAGCUGGUAAUACAACUUUAAAUCGUUUAAUAGCAGGUGACUUUUUGGAAUCUUUGGGUAAAGAACUAGGACUGGAGGUUCCUCCUGAACUGCCUUACGCAGAAAACAAAACUGGGACUACGGCUAGUUGGAAGGAAACCGUUAAUACCACCACGGGAAAUGCUGACACCCCCUUAUCCCAAGGUGGGGUAGAAUCAGUGGCAAUAUGGAGACUGUCUCGGGUGAGAACAAGUCUAGCAAAGUUGAACUUGGGAAAGCGGGCUAAAGUGGAUCGGGCCUCUAGAACACCCUCAGACCGUCACAGAAAUUCAAGGAGCAGCUCCUCGGGAGAUGAAAGGAGGAGUAGAAAGCGAUAGAGGCGUCAUCGCCAUAGAAGUAUUAGUUCAGACGACGAUACUGCAGAUUCGUCUGAGCAUUAUCAAGACAGGCACCGUUCAAGAUCUAGCAAAAAUAAAAAGAGAUCUUCCAGGGAGAAGAGUAGCAGUAGCAGUAGUAGAAAACAAUCAAAGCACCGUAAAAGGGAGGAUUCUGUUGGAAGGCCUUCUCAUCGCGGUACAGAUGGAGAAAGAAGAGAAGCUAAGAGGGAGAAGAGAGGUUAGGAAGAUUGGAAGAAGUUCAAAUCUCGGUUGCACUCACUCCAAAAAGGGCUCUUGAAUAUUUUGAACAUGGCAUCUGUAACUGCUAUGUGUAAAUUUAUAGGAGUGCUGAGACCUCCACAGAUCCCACCGUAUAGAAAGAAAGGGUAACACACAAAUUGAUUUGACAAUUUCAACGGUUAUUAUUAUUUUCUGUUUGUUGCUCUAAAUUCUCUUUUUGGGGUAUUUAUCUGUCAGCUUUGGGAAGAUCCGUAUAUGUGUAAUAAAAUCUAUAUAUUCACGCCGUUAUCGGGAGCAGAAUGGAUGUAGUUUUUGUUUCUUUUCGCCGUGGGGGCGACUGAUCAAUACUUCCAGCACCUUA